AUGUUAAGGCUUCAGAGUGUACCAAGGACAAAAGCCGCCCUUCAAAAGGGUGUUGCUGGACGAAAAUACGCUUACACAAAGGCAGAUGUAAAAGGAAAAGUUAUUGCCAUUCGUAGAGAAGAUCAAUCUGUAUGGGAACGGAGAGCAGCUUUUUCUCCAGCCAAUGUUAGAAGGUUAACUAGAGCUGGGGUCAAGGUCAUUGUACAACCUUCUAACAGACGAGCUUAUCCCAUGCAGACUUAUGCCAAUGCGGGAGCUGUCAUACAGGAAGAUAUAUCUGAAGCCUCUACGAUUUUUGGAGUCAAACAAGUUCCGGUUGAUCAACUCCUACCGGAAAAAACAUAUUGUUUAUUUUCUCAUACCAUAAAAGCACAAGAAGCGAAUAUGGCUUUGUUAGACGCCAUUUUGGCUAAAAAAAUACGUUUAAUCGAUUAUGAAAAGUUAAUGGAUGAAAAAGGUCAAAGAGUUGUGGCUUUUGGAAAAUAUGCGGGGGUUGCUGGUAUGGUUAACAUUUUACACGGUUUGGGACUUCGACUUUUGGCUCUCGGUCAUCACACACCUUUUAUGCACAUAGGUCCGGCUCAUAAUUAUAGAAAUUCAAUGAUGGCGAGGCAAGCAAUAAGAGAUGCCGGAUAUGAAAUUUCAUUGGGUAUGAUGCCCAGAUCGAUCGGCCCUAUAACUUUUGUAUUUACCGGUUCGGGUAACGUGUCGCAAGGAGCUCAAGAAGUAUUUCAAGAAUUACCACACGAAUAUGUUCCACCGGAAAUGUUAAAAAAAGUCGCCGAACAUGGAGUACCGAACAAAUUGUAUUGCUGCGAAGUAAGAAGACGACACCAUCUUGAAAGAAAAGAAGGUGGAGGUUUUGAUUCUGACGAAUACAUUGAACAUCCCGAACUUGAUUCUCCAAAACUUUUAACAAUUCCAGAUGCCAAAACUCUUUUAAGACCUGCACAUACACCAUGGCUACCAUCUUCGAUAGGAGCUCCUUCUUUACCACAUAGAAUGUUGGCAAUUUGUGACAUUUCCGCGGAUCCGGGUGGUUCAAUUGAAUUUAUGAAUGAAUGCACAACAAUAGAUACACCAUUUUGUUUAUACGAUGCUGACAGAAACAAAGAUACUAAAAGUUUCAAAGGACCUGGAGUUCUAGUAUGUUCGAUAGACAACAUGCCGACGCAAUUGCCAAGAGAAUCCACGGAUUUUUUUGGAAAUCUUUUAUAUCCCUACGCAUACGACAUAAUAUGUUCGGAUGCUAAAAAACCGUUGGAAGAACAUUCGUUUUCUCAAGCCGUACACGGUGCAAUCAUAGCUAGCAAUGGAGAUUUGACACCGAAUUUUCAAUACAUAAGAGAUCUUAGAAAUCAACAACAUGCUCCAACUGUUGAAUAUCUUCACAAAGAUGGAAAAAUUAAAGUUACUGUCGCUUCGGCGGUUAAAGAAGAAGCGGAUGCACUCGCUUCCAAAUAUCCAGGAGUCGAAUCCGUUUUCAUGAACGUCAUGGAACGUCCGGAUCAUUUAAACGAUCUUGUCUUAUCGGCGGAUAUGGUUAUUUCUCUUUUACCAUACAGUUUACAUCAUCACGUUGCCGAAUGUUGCAUAAAUACUAAAACGCACAUGGUAACCGCGUCUUAUUGCACGGCGGAAAUGAAAGAAUUACAUCAAAGAGCUUUAGAUGCCGGAAUAACGAUUGUUAAUGAAGUCGGUCUGGAUCCCGGAAUCGAUCAUCUUUUAGCCAUGGAAUGCUUUGAUGAAAUUAGACAAGGAGGUGGUAAAAUUGAAUCUUUUGUUUCUUACUGCGGCGGAUUACCCGCACCGGAAUGUUCAGAAAAUCCACUGAGGUAUAAAUUCAGUUGGUCUCCGAGAGGAGUGCUCUUAAAUACUCUGGGAGAAGCGAGAUACUUAAAAGAUGGAAAAACGAUUACGAUACAAGGAGGAGGGGAACUCAUGAAUUAUGUACACGGUUUAGACUUUUUACCUGGUUUCGCACUCGAAGGUUUUGCCAAUCGUGAUAGUUUAUCAUAUAUCGAAGCUUAUGGACUUCACGAUGCUCACACAGUACUUCGAGGAACUCUUCGUUACAACGGUUUUUCGGAAACGAUUAAAAGCAUACAAAAAUUAGGAUUAAUAAGUACGGAACCUAAACCGUCACUUCAUCCCAACGGUCCUGACAUAACAUGGAGACAAUUUAUCAGCGGUUUAAUUGGAGUCACUGAUAACACGAUUUUAUAUGAAAAUUUACGUCGGAAAAUUGCUCAACAUUUGGGGAGUCAAACCAUGUUGGAAUCCAUCGAACAACUUGGACUUUUGGAAAAUGACAAAGUCAUAAAACUUAACACUCCAUUGGACACGCUCAGUCAUUAUCUGUCAAAAAAAUUAGUUUUGGGACCUCAAGAUAGAGAUAUAAUUAUUUUACGUCACGAAAUUGGUAUUCUUUGGGGAGAUUCUAAACGUGAAAAAAGAGGGAUUAAUAUGGUAUUGUACGGUCAGAGACCGGGUGAAGGUCAUUCGGCAAUGUCAAAAGCUGUCGGAUUUCCAGCUGCUAUCACUGCUAAAAUGGUUAUGGACGAGAAGAGGCAUUGUUUACCCUUUCACUCCUGA